AAUCAUUCACCAACAUAAUUUAAAGACAGAAUUAAACUCUCUUUGGUCCUGUCACUUGUCACCCUUAACUAGCUUCUUCUUCUUGUCUCUUUGUAUACAAUUCCCCUGAUCAUAUUAAGUCCCCACCAAAAAACACAUUAAUUGGUACUAGUACUCUAUAUAUCGUCUUCUUUCUAGGAAUAUAAAUCCACCACCAUAAACACAACUUUUAUUUUCUCAGCCAAUUUGAAAGCUUUUCUUAGUUAAUUUUAUAAUUCUUCUUUAUUAUUUAAACACACAGAAGUUUCAUCAUGGGAGUUUCAGGUACUCUGGAAUAUUUGUCUGAAGUACUUAGCAGUGUUAAAAAGAGCAAGAAAAAGAAACAGAUUGCUACUGUUGCUAUUAAGAUUAGAAUGGACUGCGAAGGUUGUGCUCGCAAAGUUAAGAAUGUUCUCUCUGGAGUCAAAGGUGCAAAAUCAGUGGAUGUGGACUUAAAACAACAAAAAGCAACAGUAACAGGAUUUGUGGAGCCCAAGAAAGUGUUGAAGGCAGCACAAUCCACUGGUAAGAAGUGUGAGAUUUGGCCAUAUGUGCCAUAUAGUAUGGUGGCACAUCCUUAUGCUGCUGGUGUUUAUGACAAAAAGGCACCUCCCAAUUUUGUUAGGGCCACUACUGAUCCUACUGUUGCUCACUUGGAUCCUGUUGAAGAACAAUAUUCUCUUAUGUUUAGUGAUGAAAAUCCAAAUGCUUGUAAUAUUAUGUAGCUAAAAUUAUAAGUGAUUUGAUUAUGUAAGUUGCUUGUAUGUAUUUAGUUUCUUCUCUUAUAAAAAGCAUAUAUACUCUUUUAUUCUAGAA